AUGGAGAAACUAUCUUGGAAUAAACUUAAUUGGAGACGUAAAGCUGCUGUUUUAUGGUUUCUUCAUUCUUUUCCUGAUUCUGACCUUCCUGCGGCUACUGAAGGACAGCUUGUUAAGAUUACUGGGCUUGUAUCCUGCGGAAGCGUUUCCCUGGAAUCUUCAUAUGAAAGAGCCACCCGAUGCAUCUAUGCAUCUACUCUUUUGUAUGAAUAUGUAGGAUUUGGACUGAAGCCAAUGAAUGCUAAUACGUCAUGCUUACAGUGGAGUCUAACAUAUUGUGAGAGAUUCUCCACAGACUUCUACAUAACUGAUCGAAAGUCCGGCAUCAGAGCCAUGGUAAAAGCUGGUCCCGGUUGUAAAGUUGUUCCCUUGAUUGUUGAGAGCAAACUUGUGACUACUACAAGACAAUGCAGAACUCUAUCUUCUCACUUGAGGAAAUGGUUGCAAGACAGGAACCUCUCAGCAGACCCCCGUCUACUACACUUGCAAGAAGGGUACGUACAAGAAGGCAGCUUUGUUACUGUGAUUGGUGUUUUGCGUAGAAAUAGUGAUAUUUUGACGAUUGUUCAGCCAGAAGAGCUUUUGUCCGCAGGAUGUCUGUGGCAAAAGCUUUUACUCCCAGUGAAUGUUGAUGGCCUAAUCCUGGCGGUCCCUGAUACUGCUGGCCAUAACAUGAACCCAGGUUACAGGCAUCAGUUGGAACAAUAA